ACAGACCUGAAAACGGCCAGCAGUUCAGGGGAGUCAGCAUGAGACGCACAACACGCGUGCAGGGAGAGAUACCUCUGCUCCGUGUGCACAGCCCCAGGGGAGACGGAGCUGGUGGAGACACAGAACCACAUGUAGACUCAGAGGAAGUAGGGGGCCAGAAGAAAUGGAGAUGCCAAGGCUCACUUGGACCUGGAGAGAGGCCUGAGCUGAAGGCCCCUGCAUCCAUGUGGCCCCUGAGGGAAAGAACUGACAGGAGCUGGCAGUGGACAGAGAGAGCAGCUGCCCCUGGCGCUGGAGACAGGCCUGAGCUGAAGGCCCCUACAUCCAUGUGGCCCCUGAGGGAAAGAGCUGACAAGAGCUGGCAGUGGACAGAGAGAGCAGCUGCCCCUGGCGCUGGAGACAGGCCUGGCUUAAAGGGGGCUGCAUCCAUGUGGUCCCUGGAAAGAAGUGGCCAGCGCCAGACGAGGAUGCUGAACCAGCAGCAGAGUGACCAGAUGCUGCAAGGUGAAGGAAAAUCGAUGCAGCACGGAAUGGCAGAACCGAGUGGUGAUGAGGCAGCGAGCAAUGCUGGGGAGCCAUACGGCUCAGCCCUGCCCUUUACCGGUCAUGGGGCCAGUGGGGCUCCGGGAGAUGAAGGACUGCCAAGGCACCUGAGGACAGGACUGUUUUGCUGGUUUCCAACAACCAGCCUGGCUCCCCAUGAGCUGGGCCACAAGAACUCCAAGGGACAUCUACGCAAGUCAUCAAAGAGCUGAGGGCAGUAUCCACACACCAUCGAAAUGCCAGAGACCCUAGUGGAGAAGUGUAAAAGAAGGUCUCCAUGCAUCCUCCAAGCACUAGUCAAUUGUAAAGAGAAUUUCUAUUGACCUUUUGGGUGGUCUUUGCAUUUUACCGCAUUGCUCAUAUAUGCCACGUGCCAUGCCUUUCCCACUGGUACAAUUCUUCCUACUAGGAAUGCCCCAUCAUUCCCCUCUUCCUUACCAAUGCAAACUUGGGUAACCCUUUUUGUAAGACUGAGCUCAAGAUCUGUGUGUGUGCAUCCUCACCAGAGGCCUCCCUAACUAACUCUACCUAACCCCAACCUUUUUCUCUUCUGUUGAUCUCUACUUUAGUUUUGUAGAUUUGGGAAUGGACAUCAAAUGUACAUCUGACAGAAAAAAGAAGAGGGGAAACAGUGGCUGGGCUGUGCUAAUAUAAUAAAAAUGGA